AUGGAGAGCCCUUCGAAAGAUAGGAAACAGCCUGCCGCUGUCACUAUUCGGCAGGCUUCGGAACCUGGUGACAUUGAUGAGGUCCGAAAAUGCUUCCAGGUCUAUACGACAUGGCUUGACGAAGAUAUAUCCUUCCAAAACUUUGACGCCGAGUUUCAAGGUCUCCCUGGGAAAUAUGCACCGCCGUCGGGAGCACUGCUUCUAGCCCUUGAUUCAAACACUGGAGCGAUACUGGGCUGUGUUGCGAUGAGGCCACUACACUUAGAGCAACAAUACCUCUCACAACGCCAAUUUGAUGCUCCACUUUGCGAAAUGAAACGCUUAUUUGUAUAUCCCGAAGCAAGGGGCAGACAGGUUUCAAGAGCUCUGGUGAGGGAGGUCGUGAAACGAGCGGCAGAGGCGGGCUAUGACGAGAUAUUAUUGGACACUUUGGGGAAGAUGCAGGCGGCUAUCAAUCUCUACAUCUCCGAGGGGUUCGAGGAGACAGCUCCGUACACUUUCAAUAGCCUCGAGGGGGCUAUGUUUUUCACCAAAAAGCUCAAGGUGACUUAA